GGACAGCAUGCUUGCCUGUCUAACCACUGUCGGGUUGUCCAAUGUUGUAUUCUACCUACUGAAGACCGGAAGCUAAUUUCAAUGAGGGGCUCAGGCAUAAUCACUCUCCCCCUCGCAGACACCAAGACCAGUACAGCACAGCACAGCACAGCGUAGCAAGGGCGGGGUUCCUGGCUUGGUGUUCCCCUCUACUUCUUACCAGGCCAAUUAUCGGCCAAGUCGUCCCUUGUUUUCCGUCAUGGCAUCAACAUAAAAAAUGAGCGGAUAUUCGCCUUGCCUUCUGGACCUUUCCAUAGCCCACACACGAAAUGCCAUCCAUGACACAAAGUACCCCUCGACAGCCUCCGCCAGCGCGCGCUGAAAUGCUUUUUGGUGACAUGGUGCUGCCCGGAAUCCCCACCCCUCAUUUUGUCCAUUCCGGCCGUGUGCGUCCCCCUUACUUGGGUGAUCCAGGUCAGCCCUAUCAAUCUACUUUGCCAACCCCGGCUCUUUGCUGUGUUUUGUCAUUGCCGAUUGAUGACCGAGAAACCUAAUGUAACUACAAAGUGUUGCAUUGUUUCUCAAAAAACCGAAGCCUGGCUCGUU